UGUGAUUUUAACAACAACUGAAGAGAGAAAUAGAAACAACUGAUAAUUUCAGACGUUGACGAGAAACUGAAGAGAAAAAUAGAGAGUUACCAAGAAAGAGAAAUCAAAAGUGAAACAAAAAUCAAAACCAAAAGUGAAACCAAAAGAUGACAAGUUCCAUGGAUCCGGGUGUGAUUGGAGAUUUGAUACGAACACUACCUCACCAUCUCCUUCCACCUUGUAAAUAUGAGUGCAAAGGAGGAGCUAAAUAUUAUGGAGAGAUAGUGGACUUCAAGAGACAGGGCCGGGGAAUAAUGACUUACCCUGACGGAGAUUUAUACGACGGUUUCUUUAAUGCGGGAGUAAAGGAAGGACAGGGAACCCAGAAGUGGUUGGACGGUUCAUUUUACCAGGGACCCUUUAAAGAAGGAAAGAGACACGGGAAAGGAGUUCACCAGUGGCCUACUGGCGAGAUGACGCUGAGAAACGAGAUCAUGGGAUCCGAGCUUAACAUGCUGAGAAUUGACAAAGCUAAUUUCUUAAAAGAAAAACGCUUAGGUUCAAAUGGAAAUGGGAAUAGAUAUGACUGA